AUGGCCCUAAUGCCGUGCAUGCAGCCACUUGGCCGACCUGUAAUGGUCUGUUUGGCGUCCGCUUUUACUCUUUUGUCUUGUUUAUCAAUUGUAUCAGCAGCCACUAUAGAGCACACGUUUAAUGUGAAAAAUUUUAUGGUGAAUCCGCUCUGUAAAAACCAAGUUAUUACUGCGGUGAAUGACAGUUUUCCAGGGCCAAAUAUUGAAGUCUGUGAGGGGGAUACGCUCGUGGUCAAUGUUAUCAACAAUUCGCCUUACAAUAUAACUAUCCAUUGGCAUGGGGUAUUUCAAAUGCUGAGCGGGUGGGCUGAUGGGCCGGAGUAUGCAACCCAAUGCCCGAUCCGACCCGGAAACAGAUACACGUACAAAUUUAACAUUACCCGACAAGAGGGAACUCUUUGGUGGCAUGCACACAGCCAAUGGCUUCGGGCCACUGUAUAUGGAGCACUAAUAAUCCGACCCAGAUACGGAAGAUCCUACCCGUUCCCAAAACCCGCUAAAGAAUUCCCAAUCCUCCUUGGGGAAUGGUGGAAUUCUAAUGUUGUUGACGUGGAGAACCAAGCCAUAAGUACAGGUGGCGCACCUAACAUUUCAGACGCUUAUACAAUCAACGGUCAACCAGGAGACCUCUACUCAUGCCCUUCAACUAGCACAUAUAAGUUAAAUGUGGUACACGGGAAAACUUAUCUCCUCCGAAUAAUCAACGCUGCACUCAACAAUCAACUGUUCUUCAAAAUCGCCAGCCACAAAAUGACAGUUGUCGCUGUCGACGCUGCCUACACGAAUCCCUACCCAACCGACGUUAUCGUGCUGGCUCCGGGCCAGACGACUGAUGUACUCCUCACGGCCGACCAAAGCCCGGCCCGUUACUACAUGGCGGCCCAUCCCUAUAUAAGCGUGGCCAACGUCACGUUCGACAACACAACAACCACCGGAAUCAUAGAAUACGAUAAUGGGCCUUCCACCUCGUCCGGGCCCAUCAUGCCCGACCUCCCGGCCUUCAACGAUACUCCCACGGCCCACAAAUUUUUCACCAACCUAACCGCGCUAACCACAAGCCCGUUUUGGGUCCCGGUCCCGAACCUGGUCGACGAGAAAAUGUUCGUGACCGUGGGCUUGGGCCUCUCCGCCUGCGACAGGCCCGGGAACUCGACUUGCCAAGGCCCGUUCGGGCAGAAAUUCGCCGCCAGCAUGAAUAACGAGUCCUUCCAAAUCUCGAAAAGGCUUUCGAUGCUCGAGGCCUUUUUUAGGGGGGACGAUGGAUUUGAUAUUCGACUACACAAACGUGAACAACUCGUUGAACCAGGCUCUACUGAUGACGAAAAAGUCGACCAAGGUGAAGAAGCUCAAGUUCAAUUCGACGGUCGAGAUGGUUCUGCAGAACACGGCUCUGAUCGGAAUCGAAAAUCACCCGAUACAUUUGCACGGGUUCAAUUUCUACUAAAAAGUUCAAUACUCGGAAUCCGCAAGAGCGUAACACCAUCGCCGUCCCUGUGUGUGGUUGAUGCAUUGCCAUCUAGACGUGCACUUGCCGUGGGGUUUAGCGACGGCUUUCGUGGUAGAGAAUGGGCCAACACCGGCAACAACGUGCAAAAUUUUAGGGUUAAUCGACUUUGUAGAGAUCAAGUAAUUACAACGGUGAAUGACAGUCUUCCAGGCCCAAGUAUUGAAGUUCACGAGGGCGAUACCCUUAUCGUCCACGUUUUAAACAAGUCGCCUUACAACAUAACCAUUCAUUGGCAUGGAGUAUUUCAACUUAUGAGCGGGUGGGCUGACGGGCCGGAGUAUGCAACCCAAUGCCCAAUCCGGCCCGGACUUAGCUACACGUACAAAUUCACCAUAACCCGACAAGAGGGAACUCUUUGGUGGCAUGCACACAGGGAAUGGUGGAAUUCCAAUAUUAUUGACGUGGAGAACCAAGCAAUAGCCACAGAUACAUUCAACUUACAAGUCGUUCGAGGAAAAACCUACCUCCUCCGAAUAGUCAACGCUGCACUGAACAACCACCUGUUUUUCAAGAUCGCGAGUCACAAAAUGACUGUCGUGGCCGUCGACGCCUCCUACACCACCAAAUACACGACCGACCUCGUCGUGGUGGCUCCGGGCCAAACAACCGACGUCCUCCUCAGAGCCGACCAAAGCCCAGCCCGUUACUACAUGGCAGCCCGUCCCUACAUAAGCGCGGUCGACGGAGGCCCGUUCAACAAUGGCACAACAACCGGAAUCAUAGUCUACGAGGGAUCAUCAUCAAAAUCAUCGAGGCCCGUCAUGCCUGUCCUUCCUGCCUUCAACGACACGCCCACGGCCCACAAAUUCUUCACAAACCUAACCGGGCUUCCGACUGGCCCAUUCUGGGUCCCGGUUCCCCGCAUGGUCAACGAGCACAUGUUUGUGACCGUGGGCUCGGGCCUUACACCCUGCGACAGGCCCGGCAACGCAACUUGCGAAGGCCCGUUUGGGCUUAAACAAGCCUUUAGCAUGAACAACGCGUCUUUCCGAUUUCCAACCGGGAUAUCGAUGCUCGAGGCUUUUUUUAGAAACACGACCGGUGGUGUGUACACUGCAGACUUCCCGGACAAUCCACCGUUGGAAUUCGACUACACGAACGCGAACAAUACUAACAAUGUCGCGCUUUUGAUGACGACUAAAUCGACAAAGGUGAAGAAAGUGAGAUUUAAUUCGACGGUCGAGAUGGUGUUGCAGAACACGGCUCUCCUCGGAAUCGAGAAUCACCCUAUGCACUUGCAUGGGUUCAAUUUCUAUGUGUUGGCUCAAGGAUUUGGAAAUUAUAAUGCCAAUGUUGAUAGUAAAAGGUUCAAUUUUAAAAACCCUCAAGAACGUAACACCAUAGCCGUCCCGACCGGAGGAUGGGCCGUUAUUAGAUUCCGAGCAAAUAAUCCAGGUGUGUGGUUGGUGCAUUGUCAUUUUGACGAACACUUGCCGUUUGGUUUAGCGAUGGCUUUUGUGGUGGAGAAUGGGCCAACGCCGGAGACUAGGCUGCCGGCACCACCGCCGGAUUUUCCCAAAUGCUAAAUUAGUUAUGCUGCAAAAAUACAUAUAUGUUGUUGGCCUUUGAGGAAUUUGAUUUCUUUUUGUUGUUUAGCCUUGUGUUUCUGAUUUGAGCGUUUAGUUGGUAUGUAUGGCAUUGGAAUUUUGAAUAAUGUUAUUCAUAACGAUUCCUUGUAAUAUAUUGUUUGAAUAAAGGGAAGUGUUAUGUUUUUUAAAUGGG